UUGAUCCAAUGGGCAUGCGCGAGACUCGUCUACCACUCGACUUCACGCUUCAAAUUCAGGAAGGAAAUAAACAAAUUGACGACGUGUUUUUCUCGAGGUGGCAAGGCGUUCUCUCUAUAAACCCCCCAGCUCAGUUUGGAUUUUUCAGAAAUUGUCUGAGCAGUAAAAACAUUUUGCUACCCGUGUGCGGUUUUUUGUGCUGUUGUCGGCAUGGCAGUGGUCAUCCGUUUACAGGGACUCAGAAUCACAGCAGGUUCUGAGGAUAUACGCACUUUCUUCACUGGCCUAAAAAUCCCAGAUGGCGGGGUGCAUAUUAUUGGUGGGGAGCGUCAGGAGGCGUUCAUAAUCUUUGCUUCUGAUGAAGAUGCGAGACGUGCGAUGACCCGCUCUGGAGGCUCCAUCAAAGCUUCCCCAGUUCACUUACUUUUGAGCAGUAGGUCAGAAAUGCAGUCUAUUCUUGAGGAAAGUACGAAGAAGCCUGAGCUAAUCCAAAAGAGGCUGUAUAAGAGAGGUUACAGAAGACCUGAGAGAGAAUGCACGAUUGAGGAACCCCAAAGAAAAGGAUACCUGGAAAUGAGCCGUAGAUCUGGGUCUUAUGGUGACACAUUUUCUCUGGCGCAGAAGCCUUCCUCACAGGCAAACAGUCGGGAUGAGUUGUAUUUGCUUUUGAAAGGCAUGCCUUUUACUACAACUGAGGAGAAUGUGAAAAGUUUCUUUGAUGGACUAGCAGUAGAAGACAUUGUUUUGAUGAAAAACUACCGUGGCCAACUAAAUGGGAAAGCAAUUGUUAAGUUCAAAUCUAGAAUGGAUGCUACAGAGGGUCUGAAAAGGGAUAGAAAUUACAUUGGAACAAGGUUUGUUCAGGUCUAUCCAAGCUCAGAAGAUAAAUGGCUUGAGGUAGGUGGUGGCAUAGAACCUGGUAAAGUCAGCAGUGGUAAGUUUAGAAGAGGACCAUCCCCAGCUCAUACUCCAUGGUAUCCUGCAGAUCGUGCCAGGUCACGUUCCCCAGUGGCUUACAGGUCUGCUAAGUCUUCUUCUCCUCAAAAUGAAGACUUCUGUGUCCUGGUGGAAAACCUUCCAUACUCUGUGCAGAAGAAGGACAUUAAGGAGUUCUUCCAUCCUGCAUCUCUCAAAUAUGACCAGAUCCUUCACCUUCAUGACGGUUAUGGGAAGAAGACACGGUGUGUCUUUGUGCUGUUUAGAAAUUUGAGGGACUACUGCGCUGCCUUGACUCAUAACAAGGAGGAAUUUCUGAACCGAUGUGUGUACGUCUCUCCUAUCUCAAAAGAGAAGAUGGUUGCCAUGCUUGAAUCUUCGGAAAAUCCAAGGGAUUGCAGAUCACCCUCUGUGAGGUCUCGCAGCAGAUCGGAGGAAAGACUUCCAAGACAGACACACGACUCUUACGAAUGUGAGAAGAUCUGCCUUUAUGUGCGCAAUUUGCCUUUUGAUGUGCGCAAAGUUGAGAUUGUGGAUUUCUUCCUGGGUUUCAGUGUCUCUGAGGAAAAUGUUGUCUUGCUGCGUGAUCAUAAGGGCAAUGGGCUUGGAGAGGCUCUGGUGAUCUUUCAGUCUGAGGAGGAGGCUAUGAGGGCACAGUCUCUGAAUGGGCAAGGGUUUCUUGGAGCGAAUGUCAUCCUGAAAUGCAUUUCUUUGGCUCAGAUGCGUGAAUUUGGUGUUGAAGAACCUGUAAUUACAGAAAAGACAGAAAAGCGGAUGACAGGGCAGAGAGCCUCAGAGGAAUACUCAGCCAGGAACUGUGAGGUGACCCAACCGUAUACAAAUGAUGUGGUCAACCCUCAUAUGGGUCAUCUUCCUAUGAAUGACUUACAAGUUCACAUUCACAGGGGCAGCAGCCUGGGUUUGGAUUCUGACAGGAUGAAAAGCCCUGCUGUUCUUGACAGGGACAAUGGACAUGGAGCCCAUGGAACUUCCCGUCCCCAGGAGUUUGAUGGGCCAACAUGCUUAAAGCUGGUUAAUCUGCCUUCAACUAUAAAAAUUGACGAAAUCUAUGACUUCUGUUAUGGAUAUCGUGUAAUUCCUGGAUCUGUCUCAUUGCAGUACAACAACAAAGGGAUUCCGAAAGGCUCUGCAACAGUUGUUUUUGAAUCUCGCCAGGAGGCUUUGACAGCAGUUGGGGAAUUGAAUGGAAGACCAAUUGGCAGCAAAAAAGUUAAACUAGAUUUUGUGUGAAAAUAACAUACUGGUUCUUUGUAAUAAACGUGAAGAUAUCUUUGGGCAUUAAAAAGGUUUAAGGAUGAACAAUUUGAACAGUAUUUGGGUAAUGUGGGCAUUCUAACAGAUUGCUGAAGAAACUUAGAUUUAGAAAAAACUGUAGAGUCUUACACAAUGUGAUUGAACCUUUUAUCUUGUUUUUUUCACUCCCUUGAAUUCUGGCAAUAGUUUUAUUUUCUGAAUGACAGGCAUGCUUGCUACGUACUCGGUAAUUUUAGUUAAAUUUGACCUAAUUUUUGUUAACAGCAGGUUCUACGUAAAACUGAAAUGGAGUGGCUGGGAAUCUCUUUUAUUUAUACUUAUUUUCCAGGCUAUGGAUCCUGAAGGUUCUGCACAUUUGCAUUGACUUUUUAAAGCAUGGACAGUACAACCCCCCCCCCCCAAGGCGUUUGAGGGUAUGAAUCUGCAACACAGUAAAUGGGAAGAUAUAGAAGGGAAAAGCAGAGAUUGAACCCUGAUCCCCAGUGGGGAACCUAUUGUGUGUGUGGUGCCUGGAAUGUUACCACUCAACCCCAGCCCUGGACAUUUUUAACAUAGCGGCUGCUCCCGCUGAAGUUCCGUCCUUCAUGCUUCCGAGGCCCUGUGGCCAUGAUCAGAUAACAUGUUGUGUAAAACAAAUGUAUAUGUUUAAUCUUGUAACAGUAGCCUAGGCUGUUGCAAGCAUAAGCGCAGUACAAACGGGUUGUCCAUUUAGGCAGUACAUCAAAAACAUUCAAGACAUUGUUUAAUUUAAAACAAUGUUCAUACACCAGUUGCCAAUGAAACUCCAUGUUUGAAAGCAAGUGGUUUUGAAAACCGGUCACAAAACUGCACAUACGUGACAUGGUACUCAAUUUUCAGGGGCCCGUUUUAGCUCGACAGCACCAGUUUGACAGCCAUUGGCAAGUUAUCACAUAUUACAUUUUGAGGUUUUUUUAGAACCAGUGUUAUUGCUAUCAAUUCCAGGUAAUAUUGAUCACGACUCAACUGAAGAUCACUGUUUAUACUCCUGUUUUCCCCCCUAAUGUUCAGAAAUGAGGCAGAUGUAGGUUAUAUCCUGUUGAUCAAAUCUUGAGUACAUACGAAGUACAAGUAUGUAGCAGAAUAUGAUUUGUAAAUGUGCAGAAACUGGAAAACCACAGAUUGUAUUAAUGUUGGUAAAAGGACAGAUCCACAGCCACUGUAAAACUGAAAUGGGCUACUUCACACUGUGUAACAAUAUUUAAGUAUUUUUUAUUUUAUUCUCUAGUGUAAACAUUGUUCAUUAACGCCAAGGUGUUGAUUAAAAUGGUUUCUCUUUCAA